CCCUUGUCCUUUGCCUUUUGACUUUUACGCAGAGAGAACGAGAUUUUCGUCUCGCCGAAACUGACCUUCCUUCUCACCUACUUCUUCUAUCCGCAGCAGCUCUGGAUGCCCAGAGCUAGCCACCGAGGAAUCGUGGGGGCGGGGGGUCGGUUGCCCGGAGUCACUUUUCUCAUGGUUCCUUUCCUACUUUUCUUCUGUUGCCGUCUGUCCUUCUUCGACUUUUGCCAAGCAAAUGACGUUAGUUCUCUCGCUGCACAUUUGCUCCAGAGAACAUGUACCGUUUCUCGCCGAACGACGCGCACCCUCUGUGAUCCUGAGAUAUACGCUGGACAUCGAGCUGUCAAAACAACGCCCGUUUCUCUCUGUCUCCUUCUUCUGUCUUCCUUGUCCUUUCUGUCGCCUCUGACUUGCUCCACUCUCUCCUUAUACGUUCCUUUCCUUGACUCCUUGCUCGACCUCUUCGACGUCGUCUUCUCGUUUCCCUCUUCCGAUGUACAUUCUGCUCGUUCCGCUGCUGCCUGUCCAUCUCCCCUUUCCUCUCCGGGUUUCCUGCGUUCCGCUCCUCAGAGGCUCGGCGCUCGUCUCGCCUCUCGGUGGGUCGGAGAGAAGCAGGGCGUUCGCAAAGGCGCAGCGCAGCAGUGAGACUGCAGAGACAGAACAGACGAGAGUAGAGACAGAGCAGUGAGAGAAGAAAGACGCGCGAGGAAGGCGGUAUUCGAGGGAGAGAAGAGACGGAACGGGAGAGCAGGACGAGAAGGUUGCUGAAGCCCAGAAGAGAAGACUGAAAAGGGAGACGCGAGAACAAGGAACGUUUUUCCUUGCCAUAUCUUCUCCAGACUUCUUGCACCAGCAAAGUUGUCAAUACCCUCAAUACAAGUUGGCUACACCACUUCAGCAGGCUUUCCUCGUUUUGGUCUUCAGAGAGCCGGUUCCGUCUGUGGGGUCGCCUUUCUCCGGUCGUCUUCGCUGGCUUUUAUUGUUUCGUGUCUCCCCUCUUCUUCGGUUCCCCCAGGAACGAGCGACUGACGGAUUUCCUUCGUUUUCCGCGUCCCUUCCUCCCGUUUCUUUUCUCGCGCUCUCGCCUUCUCGACUCUCUCUCCUUUCCUCCCGUUGAUUCCUUCUUGCUCCUGCGCAGGCCUCGCUUGCGCUCUACUUCCAGCCGCGCGUGGACCUCUCGCGUCGGCUUCUCUUAUUCAGAACCUCCAUGGAGACAGCAGAGCGACGAGGAGACAGAGUCUCACCGACAGGCGGCUUUGCUCUGUCUUCCUGUGAUGUUCGAGAGGAGGCGGGCAGUGGCGAGUUCCCAAGAGAGAAGAGAGUAGUAAAAGAGAGACGCGUUACAAAGACAGAGGAAGCCACAAAUCAGUCUCCGCCUUCGCCCUCGUCCAGUCCCUCUGACCGUCGCUCGUCUCUUUCUUCUCGCUCAUCGUUCUCUUCUCUGCAGUCGUCUCAUCUCACGGCUUUCUCUUCCUCUGGCUCUCCUCUAUCACCUUCUCUCUCUCCGUCUUCUCUCUCUCCUUCUCUCUCUCCUUCUCUCUCUCCUUCUGCUCUCUCUCCUCCUCUCUCUCCGUCUUCGCUCUCUUCGCCUCUCUCUUCUCCUCCCGUAGCCUCACCCACAGACUCUGAGAGCUACGAAAGGCAAAACGCAGCUAGCACGCUUGACGAAGAAAGAGACAAAGACCGCGAGACGAACAACAAACAAGCAGAGGCGCAAGGCGAAGAGGGCGAACGCGACAAAGGAAAACAAAGGGGACAGAAAGAAGACCGACAAGAAGAGGAAGAAGAGGAAGAAAAGGAGCGUGGAUCGUCCGAUUCGUCCGGCGUGAGGCUAUCUUCAGAUCUGUCUCGUAGCUCUGGGGUCGUCGAUUCAAACGCUCCUCGUCUUCCAGGGUGCGUCCUCCUGCGGGAAGGAGGCUCAGAAGAAGAUUUCUCUGCCAAGAGACUGGAGGAAGAAGCGCAAGACAGAAAGCAAGAAAGGCGGCAGUCAGAGAGAGUCGAAUGGACAGCAGAGCUCUCUCACGACUCCACACGGAGCAGAUCUUUAAGUUGGAUCGUCCGUCCCCCAAUGCAUUUACCUUCGGAGACCCGCGAACCUGUUUCCAGGUUUCCUCUCAUCACCUAUCGCGGCACUGAUUCUGCGACACAAAAACUCAUCGAAGAAAAACUUGCUGCUCUCUCACGUGCUCCGUCCUCCUACCAUCAUCUCCCCUCUUCUUCCUCUCUUUCUUCUUCUUUUUCUUCCUCUCUUUCUUCUUCUUUUUCUUCAUCUUCUUCUUCCUCUUCUUCUUCCUCUCUUUCUUCCUCUUCUUCUUCCUCUCUUUCUGCCUCCUCUCAGGCAGAGCCGCGCAGCCUGGCUGUCGGGAUCGGCCGAGAACAGGAGAGGCUCCUGAACGCUAAGUUUGCGCGCGAGGGUGAGGCGUCAUCGUGGUCUCUGCUGCCGUUUGGAGACCUCGCGUCCUACGUUUUCCGGUCUCUCGUUGCGGGGGACCGUCCAGAAGGACCUUCCCAGACGACCGUCGAGUCGCUGUCAGAGGCUCUGAGUCCCGAAGAAGCUUUGGAAGAGGCAAACGCGGGAGAGACUGUGCCUGCAGAGGCGACCAGCAGUUCAGACAGCGGACUGUUUUCUUCCUCGAGUGAGGACGACUUGCCAGUUGUGUCUUCUCUCUCCUCGCAGCGGCGCCUCCGCUCUCUCCGUUCCUUCCGCGACCUGUCGACCAAAGAGGGCGCCUCUGCGGUCAGGAGACACGCGUCUGAACGCGCUCGUGUCUGCAGCUCUCGGCGUUCCUCUUCUGUCUCUGACGAAGGUUUCUCGCAGUCGCUCGACCUCCCAGAGGGCUUCGAGCGGCGCGCGAAAGUCGAGACAGAUUCCGUCGGAGACAGAGGAGCUGCUGGGAGAUCUCCGGAUCCACGCACAGCGCCCCAGACGGGGGUCCAGACGAUCACGCCAUCCCCUCCGGAAGCGAGGAAGGACGCGUCCGCAGACGCGCGAGACUUCGCUGGGAAUGCCGAGGGAGAGACGUUCGACAGCGGAGAGCUUCGCAAGAACGGCGACCCGUCCUCCUUCUCGACGGAAAAGGGAUCUCUGUCGCAUCCUCACCGCGUACCUUCGAGCCUGGCUUCCUCGUCGCAGAUGCCGUGCGGUGGUGCUCGCUUCUCGUCGGUCUCUUCGUAUCGCUUGCCUCCUGCAGACGGGCGCGAGGCGCCACCCACCUCAGCGCAUCCAUCUCGCCUGUCGCGUCUGAACUCCUCCAGAGAGUCGGAGGGCGUCGCUGAGAACUGGCGCUUCCGCAAGUCGCAGACGAUGCUCCUCGCGUCCAAGUGGAGACGACGCGCGCAUGCUGCCGCCGUCGCCGCAGAGAAGGCGAGAGUCGCCUCUGCGUCCGUUCCCUCAGAGAAGAACGACGAGGGUGGGCGGAAGAAGAAGCCCGGGAAGGCGGAGGAGAAAGCGAGAGGCAAAGAGACGCUCUCUGCAGAAGAACUCGCUCUCAGAAACUGCGCAAUCGUCUCCCGAGUCGCGGCGGCGGAGGCGGUCAAAGCCGCCGAGGAGGCGGCAGAAAAGAGCGUACGGGCGGCCUUGGUCGAAGCUGCUCUCAAGUUUCGAGUAUCACGCGUAACCCUUCAAGACUGGAUGAAAAGUCCUGGAAUUCAACAGAAACGAAUUUGGGACAUCAUCUUCCCAGCGACACACAACAGUGCCUCUUGGAAGGUCGAAGAGACGACGAUGAAGCAGCCGAUGCUCCUCUCCAUGAUCAAGAACUGGGUCACUUGUCAGCAUGUCAACAUCACCGAGCAGCUGUCUCGCGGCAUUCGCUGGCUUGAUCUCCGUGUUUGUAAGCUGGGCGACGCUUCUUUCGAUCAAGAUUCUUCGCAAGCUUCUCGCAAGAAAGGAGACAAGGAGUGCAGCGAAGGAGGCGCGAAUCCUGCAACGCAGGCUUCGUCGGCCGGUGGAUGGAAGGUGCCUGCGGACAAGAGGAAACAAUGGGAGUCUUCCGAGAGGAGGUCGGCGCGCUGCGACGGCGACACAGCGGGACUCGAGAGGGGAAAGGAAGAGCGAAAGAAAGCGACAAAUGACAGAGGCAAACAGAUGAACGAACAGGAGAAGAAACGCGCCGCUCUCCUCCUCGGUCUAGGCUCCUUGCGAGCUAUCCCGUACUGCGCCCAUGGCGGUGUAUGUACAGUGCCCUUGCUGCCAGUCCUGUGCGAGAUUCGCGAGUUUCUCGACUCACACCCGUCAGAAAUUAUCAUCCUCAGCCUCGUCGCAGACCACGGCGUCUGUCAAGGAACAUUCUGCGACACGAGGCCCCUGCAUGCAGGGGAAGUGGACUUCUACCUCGGAAAAAUUCUCGGCGACUUCCUCGGACCCAGACUCGGCAAAGACACCACACUCGAGCAACUCCUAAGGCGAAACCAGCGCGUGAUUUACUUCUGGAGUCACGAAGAGCGUUGCCUGCCCCCGUUCGAUCUUUGUCUCUUCUGUCGGAGUUCGUUCUCGCCUGCGCUCCCCACGGCUUCGGCUUCUCCCUCGCAGUCGCGCUUUGCCUCUCGGUGCGUGGAGGCCACUGGCCUGCUCGUCCAGGCGCGAAGAGAGAAGGAGCAAGAAGGUCGAAGUGACGGCGGCGCCUGUACCUGCGAGAGAGGCCGACUCCAGGCAUGGCUCCGGAAGGCGCAUAUGCUCUUCAGCACGGAGCCGCUGCCAGGCGAGGCGCCCGACGACCGACAGGCGGCGCUGCGGAGCGUCUGUCGCACUCUUCGCGCCGGGGGGAAUUCUCAAGCAUCUCAGCACCACGGUUCCCACUCUGCCUCGCCUCAGCCGAGCCCACGAACAACGCAUGUGGCGCCCCAGACGGGCCUGCAUGUGCCGGCGUCGCUAGCUGUCCCCGCGUCUCCGUCUCGGCCAGAGACGCUGUUUCUUUCUCCGGAGAAGUCUCCCACCUCAGAGUUUCUGUCUCCCUCACUCACGCUUUCUCCAGACGAGAGAGGCCUCUCGCGAGCGUCUUCGCGUCCCCGCGUGUCGCCUUCUGCCCUGAGUUACUCUCGUUCGCCCUUCCACGCGGGGAAGACGGUUCUGCUCAAAAGCUGGAGAGACACCCGGGCAGCGAAACCUGAAAUUCUUAUCACGCAUCUCGACGCCUGGCUUCAGGAGCGUAAACAAGAAGCGACAAAAGAGAGAGAAUACGAGAGACGAGGAAACAAGCCUUACGUGUUCAAGAUGCUCUGUGGAGAAGUCACGGCUCCAGAUUCCCUCGGACUUCACGUGGUUUUGUACUGGACGAAGGAGGCGCAGUCGGCGUUGCGGAGUCUUCCGCACGGCAUCAAGACGAGCGCAAAGACAACGAAUCGCCUGCUGCUCCGUUUUCUGGCCGAGCAGAACGUGGUAACUCGCGAAUUGAGAGACGCGAGACUCCACCACCUUGAGAAGGCCCUCCGACGCGCAAAACGCAGGCGAGAGCGCGACCGUCACGAAACCAGAGAGGGAGCGACUCCUGAGAGUAACGAUUACGACUUGAGUGAAGCAGAAGAGAAACAAGCAAUUUUGAGACAGCUGGAAGAUCGAGACGGGCUCGGCGAGGUCAAGGGCCUCCACGUGCUCAACGGCAUUUCUCACGACUUUGUUAACCGGCACCUGACAGAGUUCAUUGUGCAGCUGAAUCUGGAGAAACUGCAUUCGAGUCCGUGUUCCGUCGCGGCUUCGCCGACGGCAGCGGCUUCUUCUUCUCAGGUGUCAUGCGCUUCUCAGUCUCUCUUCGCGUCUCCCUUCCGCCCCGUGUGAAACGUUGCAGUCGCUCUUUGCCCGCAGAGUGCGGUGGGGGGGGACUAGCAUUCGCCAGCGAAACUGGGCAGACGAUUCCAGAGUCGGGGGGAGGAAACGCAGACGAGGCAGGUGACACGUUGGUGGCAGGAGGGGAAGAAGUUGGGGACAAUCGGCGCGCGCGAGCGAGACAGGAAAGGCGUCGCGAAGCCGGGAGAAGAAUCCUGAAAAGAACGACACACGGUGCUGGUUGACGACUGGGGAGAGGAAGCACAAGCUUAUGGGAGAAAGGUAAUAACAAAGGGGGAAAUGGCACUCGACAGUCGGGGUGAAAGAUGAAAAAGGAAGCAAAAGGAAUCGGGAAAAGUGGGUUGAGGUAACGAUCAUCUGGGCACGAAGGAGAUGAAGAGGUUAAAGAAGAAGGGACUGCCAGUCGGCAAAAAGCGUCUAGACGAAACAUGCUUGCGGUCCUGGCGCUGGCGCGGGACCAGGAGUCACGGGAUGAACACCACGCGAAAAGGAAAGGGGAAGGAAACCAUACGGGAGAGAAAAAGGGAGAGAAAUUGAAGCACUUAAUUUCGUUUCCUUGUCUUAGUCCAAGAGCCAAGAAUGUGCGGAAAUAAAGAACCUUCCGAUGCUUGAGUUUCCUCAGCAGAAUGCAUGUUGGUGAACUCCUGCUGUCGUUUAAGCUGCCUCCUUCGAUGCUCUGACAGGGCAGGCAAAUCGGAAAUAGCGAGACGGAAGGCGAGAGGAAUUUGAGGGGAAACAAAUUAGCGACUGGGUGUCGCCAGGACAUGCAAGGAGUCAUGUUCACGGCGUUCUUCAGUCGUUUUCCCAGUGUGAGAGAAGCCAUGUGGUGCAGUACACAAACCACAACGGAAGUUUUCGUCCACUCUUUUAUUCUUCUGGCGCCUCUAUAUGUCUCAUUCUUACAAUGUAUCGGUUCUGUAGACCGAUGUGCCUUGUUCCCUUUUUGGUAAAACAAUACCAAUUCUGUCUCAUCAAAUGAAGGUUCCUUAUAGACACGAUACAAAUGCAUGCAUAUAUAUGCACAUGUAUUAAUGUAUGCACGGCUGUUACGCUCGUCCCACCCAGAACCCUCGGGAGGGAACGACGGAUACGAGAGAGGUGAAAGUAGCGCGGUGUAGAGCGUGAAGGUUUUUACGAGGAAUGGCACACAAUGCAGACGUUAUUGGCACGGGGGAGCCAAGUCGAUGCACGUCGCAC